AUGGAACAACGAAGGGGCUCAUUGGCCAGGAUGAAGAAGUUGGUCGUGACGCCCAAGCCAGUCAUCGAGGUCACUCUCACAGACGACCAGAAAGACGCAUUCGUGCCUCAAUAUACAUCCUUGGAUGAGAUAAAAGGACAAGUCUCCAUCACUGCUUCAUGUGAUACGAGCUUCGACGACAUCUACAUUACUUUCGAGGGUUCUACCCGCACUUUCGUUGAGAAAAUUGCUACUACGUCCCCCACGAACGGCAGGACUGAAGCUUUUCACAACUUCGUCCGUCUAGUUCAACCUAUGGAUUCCUCAGCGUUUCCCGACCCUCGAGUCAUUGAAGCGGGAAAGACCUACAAAUUUCCCUUCACCUUCGUCGUUCCAGACACCUUACUGCCACAAUCGUGUACUCACCCCACGAAUCCCAGAUUUCCAGAAGGCGGUCAUAUGGCACCUCCUCCAAGCUUAGGUGAUCCACUGGUUGCAAGUAUGGGAAAGUCACUUAUGGACGAUAUGGCACCGGACAUGGGUACAAUCGCGUACUCAGUUAGAGGUCGGAUAACCAGUGGUCGGGCGGCAAGUGGGAAGCACAAGACCAUGGCAGAGGGGUCAAAGAAGCUUCGAAUCAUACCAGCUAUGGAGGAACAACCACCCCUUGAUGUGAUAGUCGAGGGUGAUGACCGCUACGACUAUAAGAUGCGACGGGAGAAGAGCAUCAAAAAGGGCACAUUCAAAGGGAAACUAGGCCGUGUCGUGGUCCAGUCGGCACAGCCACAAAGCCUCAGAUUGCCAUACUCCAAGGGGCCUGAUGCCGACUGCAGUCCCACUACAAUGGCGACCGUGAACGUGCGAUUUGACCCAAUCGAGGAAUCUUCCCCUCCGCCAGGCUUGAACACGCUCCAAGCGAAGCUAAAAGUGGCGACUUUCUUCACCAGCGUUCCCAUGGAUGAGAUACCUACAAAGUCUAGCGACUUCCACUACAGCAGUGUCCGCGGAAUAUUUGUCGAAACUUUGAACCUUUCUUCUCGCUGUCUCUCGAACAUUGAGUGGCAAAGGCACACCUCCUCGACAUUCAACCUUCUCAGUCGUCGAAAUUCCGGGAUACCAAACCCUUCCGAGGCCUAUAACGGCGGGUCCUUCUACACAGCUAAGGUCGUUGUACCGGUCUCACUCCCUAAGGGCAACAAAGUCUUCGUCCCCUCCUUCAACUCUUGCCUCGUGUCCAGGAUCUACGCCCUCGACUUGUACCUCUCCAUCAAUACUCCGAAUGCUACAGUCACAGAUCCAACACUCCACCUCAAGCUACCAAUACAAGUGUCGUCCGAAGGAAACCCUAAUGCGAAACCCACAAUCUCCGCAGAGGAACACGCCGCAAUCGCCGCAAGGGAGGCAAACGCCUACUUCGAUCCUCGCAGCGUAGCCCCCCCAAGCCCAGAGUAUACCGAACACGCGCGGCUAGACGCCCCUCCAAACCGCGCAAUGGCGGGAAACAUAGGUGACAGUCCCCAAUAUAGCGUGCGGACAAGCGGCGCGCAACCCAGGUUUCAGUCAUUGAGCUUCGAGGGAGAGGAAGCGGCGCUGGCGCUGGCGCCGCCGCCGGAGUACGCCCACAUUGGAGGCAGGAAUAGGCAGAGGGUCACGAGCAACGUCCCGAGUCCGUUGGGGUCGCCCAGGUUGAUAUAG